AUGUUGACGAGCGUGACGAUGGCCGAGGUCAUCGACCCGGAGACUGCAGUCCUCCACAUACCCAAGAUGAUCCGGCAGGAUGAAUACGGCUACCGCACCAGCGUCGAGGCCAAGGAUGUUGUUCCGCUCAGCCACAUUCCCCUCAACGAGCCGUUUCAUAUAUCCAGACCAGGCACAACAGCAUCCUCAUUCGUUCUCAAGCGGUUUGCGGAGGGCUACUACAUCUGCUCUUGCCCCGCUUGGAAGUUCAGCACGGAGCGAGACAAGAUGCGCAAGACUUGCCAGCACCUCAAGGAUGUGCUCGGAGAAGCAUACGAGACAGAGCGCAUCUCUCUCGCUCAGGAGGCCAAGAGCACCAUCUGGGAGAUCAACAAGUUCCGCAGAACCACCUCGCAGGGACAUCACACUCGCCACAUGCAUGCCAAAGGUGUGCUCGACGACCACUUUCGUCAGCUCUCGCAGAGCCAACCCGAGCCAUCCACAUCCAAGUUGGAGAAUGGCAAAGAUCCCCCAGUCCCAGAUCAAGCAGGUAGCGAAGCAGGUCCCAGUAAGCCUUCGGGCUCAACCUUGAAGCGUCGCGAAAAACCGGCCAACGAUAGCGAGACCGAGACCGAGACAGAGGAUGAGGCUCUCCCCGAAACCCAGCGGACACGUACAGGUCCGCCUCUGCCACCGCCAACGGUCCCGAAGCCUCCGACAGCUACUGCUUCGCUCAGCAGGUCUCGGCCUGUUGAUGAAGACGAAGACGAGGAUCGGGAAGCAUUCGACCCUGACAGCAUACAUGCGUCGCCCUCAAAGCGGGCCCGGCGCGGCAGAGCUUCGGCGCGUGAUGAUACCGACAACAAGAUCUCUCUGCUUUUAGCGAAACCUUGGCUGUUGGAAGCCGACCCGUCCAAGCCUCGAUCCAAAGCCAUGGAUCCCAACAACUGGUGGGUUAGCGAGAAGCUCGACGGGGUGAGAGCUUUCUGGGACGGACAGAGGCUAUACUCUCGUCAGAAGAUCGAGUGGAACGCACCAACAUGGUGGAAAGAGCGCCUGCCGAAGGACAUCACUCUCGACGGCGAGCUGUGGAUGGCGAGGGGCAUGUUCUCUCAGACGUCGCAAAUUUGCCGUACAACUGUAAGAUUGGGCCGCUUGCGAACCUUUUCCCACUUUCUCCAACGCGAUUCGAUGGAACGCCAGUGGCUGCGCGAACAGCUCGGCGGCCGACUCGCAAGCCAAGAUCGCCUGCUUGCCGAGAAGUCUGCAGUGACAUAUCAGGCGCUCGGCCGAAGAGAGACCGGCGCACCAGACAGUGCGGUCCCAUCGUCGUCUGCUUGGAAGACACUCAAGGCUUCCGUCCUCAAAGCUAGCGCACGCACGAGCAAACGAGCAUUGCGACGCAAGCUCAAGCGUAGUCCAAUUGGGCGCGCCUCUCUGUCGCGCUCCUUGUUGCUAGCCUUGCUCGGUCGGUCGGCCGGCCCUUCGAGCAGGUCUAAGCCGGCGAGUGGUCCCAAGCUCGCUUGUCGACGUCCUGUGACUGUAAAGCGAUGUACCCGGUGCGGCAAGAUUCUGCAGCGACGACGAACAAAGCCAGUACCUGCCCAAGAGCCGGCAUCGAAUGACCCGCCGCGUCGAGAAUCUGUCGUCGAGGUGCACAGGACGAAUGCUGAUCAGCUUCCAUCCGAUAUUCUUCUGAUGCCCACAUCGACUUCCAAUUCCGCUCUCGACGCCGGACCAAUCAACACCACUCCAUCUUCGUCUCGUCGGCCGCAUCCCUAUGCGAUGCUCGGUUCCUUGCGGUCGACUCACACCUAUACGCAUGUGUGUCGGCGCAAAUCGAAGAGCUCGAGCGAAUGGAAUCGGAUCAAGUUUAUGAUCUUCGACUCGCCAUCGAUGGGCUCGAGGCCGGUCGAGGAGCGAUGGGCCGAGCUCGAAAAGCGAUUCGGAUCAACCGAUGGUCUCGAUAUCGAUGCCAUCCACGGAUCGUCGAUCAAGCUGGUCCAGCACGUCAAAUGCGAGGGACGCGACCACCUGAUCGAACUAAUGGAGACGGUCGAGUCGAAAGGCGGAGAAGGGCUGAUGCUCCGACAGCCGGGCUCCAAGUACGAAGGCCGCAGAGGCAACACACUGUUCAAGCUCAAGUCGUGGUACGAUGCCGAGGCCGAGGUAAUCGGCUACGCGAACGGCACCGGCAGGCACGAAGGACGCACCGGAUCGCUCGUCGCGCGCAUGGAGUGCGGCACCGUCUUCCGUGUCGGUACAGGUCUUUCGGACGCCCAACGAGACAAUCCGCCACCGAUUGGGAGCAUCAUCAACUACCGCUUCUUUGAGCUUAGCGAAGACGGCUAUCCGCGAUUCCCAGCCUUCCGCGGCAUCGCUUGGGAUAAGACCCGGCCUAAAGAUGCGGUGCUUCGACCGCGAGCAGGCGCUCCCGAAGACGCUGAUGAAUAA